AUGAGCGUCGAGUCCGUUAAUAAUAUCAUUGUCACGGUAUACAAGUUUUCAUUUUUUGUGAUCGGAAUUGUUGGAAAUUCGCUUUUUAUUCACCUAAUUUUCAAAAAACAAAAACUGCGUUCUCGAUCAACAUUGCUCCAAUGUGUUCAGUGCGCUUUCCAAAAUUUAUGUCUUGUCGGAACGAUUCUUGUCUCAGCUUUGACUUUUAUAACUGAAAUUAGAAGAGAUGAAUGUUUCAUUUUCAUAUCUUUUUAUAUAUUUUCCCAGGCAGCUCAAGGAUUAUUAAUGCUAUUGAUUAUGAUAGAUGUGCUGAUUUUUGUCAAGUUUCCAUUAUUCUAUAGAAAUCUUGCAAAUUGGAAAUAUUUUUCCAGUUGUUUCAUUUUCGUUUUUCUGUAUUCUUCAACUGUGAUUUUAUACGGAUAUCUUACUACAAAUGAUGAUAUAAUUCAUGCUUGCAAUCCGUUAUUUGCGUUCGCAUUAACAUCUAGAUAUACUUUCAAAAGUUCAAUGCUCAUUUUGAGCUUAUUGACUUUAAUUAUCUAUAUAGUUAUGAUAAGGAUUUUCAAGAAUAAAAAUAAAAGUCGCAACAAGGACUCUAUAAAAAUCAUGAGACGUCUUCAGCUUUCUGUAGUUAUUUUUGUUUUUACGUGGCUGGUUAGUCAAGCCUUGGCAAUGGUUUUCCUGCACGAUGAUGGAUCCAUACAUUGGGAGAAAAUUGUUUUCGUUCAUAAUUCCUUUUUCAUUGUCCUAUCCUACAGCAAUACAUUUUACGUGACAAUGUGGAAAAGUGGAGAGUAUCGAAAAAAUUUCCGUUCGGUGUGGGGAUUGAAUCGGAAGGUUAUUGUUGCAAGCCGGAAUACAAUGAAUUUAUCGUAA